AUGCGCUUCGACGCUCUUCUCACCGCCGCCGCCGCCGCCCUUGCCUCAGGCACAGCCGCUCACCCUUCGUACUCCAACCCCCGAGGCAACUGCCCCCCCGGAGUACCCGUCCAAGUUCCUCUUAGCACUCUCACCCAUGUUGAACUCACCAUCACUGGCCUCCAACUAACCGGUGUUACCGUGGAUAUACCUGACAUCACACCUCCUUCCGACACGGACGUCACCUGCCAAAUGUAUAAGGACGAGUACGGAGUGCAGCCCGGAAGUGCUGAAUUUUUCAAAGGCCACGAUGCCCACAUUAGCACCAACCCGGUUCAAUUUGGUUGGGUUCUUUGCUACGUCAAUGUUCAUUCUAACUAG